AUGGCUGGGCAAUCCGUCAGCAAAGGGGCUACACCCACCGGCACUUCUGCGACGGUGUCUGCUUCGCAAGGCUCUACAGCUGACGCGACCACGAAAGCAUCGGCCACCGCCUCCCCUGACACCUCUUCAUCGCAGGCAGCCCAUACAAGCCAGGAUCCUGCUCCACCAGUUUCUCCUGCAUCAGCAACUUCUUCAGCCGCAACGCCCAGUAGCUCAGCAGUCAACUCCGCGACGGCAUCCCCGUCGCAGACUUCCACGGAAAAGGCAGCGACGACCACCGCAGGAGGCGAUGCCACCCGAACCAGUGGCAGCGGCUCAGGGACCCAAAUCGCCAUUCCGAGCCAAACAACCAAUAGCGAGACUGACGCGCUGACCACUUCGGUGCAAGGGGUUAGUUCGACUUCCUCUCCUUCGUCUACUUCCCAGGGCGAUACCCAGCCCUCCCCUGGUAUACCCAUACCCCUCCCUCUCCCUUCUAAUUCAGCUACUCCUUCGCGGACGAUACCAUUGUCUUCUGCAUCCUCUGUGAUAUCUCCUGUUGCCCUUCCUUCGUCUACCGCGGCGCUCCCCUUCGAUUCCACGCGGAACUUGGAGAUUCCAGCACCCUCUAGUUUCACAGUACCAUCGUCGUCUCAACCCGUUCUGACGUCGCUUAUCCAGGGUACUGCGGUCAUGGGGGCGUCUGGGACACCUACGUCCGCGACCGUAGAACAGUCGUCCUCUGCUCCUUCUGCUACUUCUGCUACUUCUCUAUCGAAUGUAAACAGUUCUAAAGGCACAUCUGGCGUUGCACAGGCACCGAAGCAACAGGCACCAAACCAGAAUCCCGCCGAGACCACCAGCACGAUCACCGACAAACCGGAGACCACGUUGUCUACCCCCGUGUUUCUCACCGUGACCAAUGCGCACAAUCAGACGACGCUUUCCGAACCUCCUGUGUUCACGAGCGUCGGCGUCACGACGUCGAACGGACAGGUCGUCAGCAUCACUCAUGUCAUCGCCAACCCGACUGGCAUUUGGGGCGUCAAUGCAGCAGAGUCAUCGCAUGGAUUCUUUUCGAACAGCGGGGCUGUCGCAGGCGUUUUCCUCGUCGUCGGAAUUGUCAUUGCAGCGCUCGGCGUAGGAAUAUGUCUUUUCAUCCGUAGACGCAGACGUCGCAACCCUCGUUUCAUCGAGUCAAUUUCGCGCCCCCUGCCCAUGCCUGACAACCCGUUCGAGGACCCGCGCUCGCUUUCCCCAGCGCCACAGAUGCGCUACGCCUCAGGCUACACGGAUCGGACACUCGUCAUUGGAGGCGCUGGUACCCCCACUCCUACCCCUGCGCGCAGUCCGUUUAGUAGUGACGUGGACCACGGAUCAUUGACCAGUUCACAAACGCACACCAGUGGUGAGCCACUCAGCGGACUCGGUCUUGCAGGCAUUGGCGCUGGAGGGGGGCGGAGGUACAGCAGCGGCACUCAGUCGUCCUCCGGCUCGCGAUCUCGUCGGUCCAGUCAGCAGGGUUCAAUUGGCCUUGCGAUUACUUCUGAUCAUGCUAGGGAUGCGUCUCGCUCGGCACGGCGUGAGACAUCGUCUGCUCAGUCCUCGCCCUCCAUCUACCCGCCUAGUCUUCCGGCGCUUCCUGGGGAAGAGAACCGUAGCAUGGUCAACGUCCCACUCAGCAACAACAACAGCACCGCGCACUUAUCGACCACCAGCACAAACCGCAUUUCCUCCCCCACCACGCGCAAACCUGUCCCCCUGCACGACUUGCCAGAGCCCAUUGCGCCUAAGCCGCUUUCGCCUAUGCAACGGGAAGCUCAGCAGACGAAGCCCCCUGUGAUUCCUCCUCGCAGUCCGCUUCGGCGCAACAGCACAGCGAACUCACGCUCUCUUUCGCGUUCUCCUCCACCUCCCGCUCUCGCGAGCAUCCAAACGCAGCUCAAGACCCCCGACCUGGGCAACCCAUACGAGCCGCUUACGCCCCCGAUAUCUUUCGCGUCCCUGUCUCCGCCUGGUUCGAGCUCAGGUCACGAGCCGCCUACUCCGAACACGCCCGCUGGGGUCAAUGCUGCCGCGAACCCUUUCAGUGACAUCCACGCCCAGCAACCCACACAGGUGGAUAUUGUCACCGCGUUCCCGAUGGUCAGGAGUGGGAAGCGAGAGACGUUCUACACGCGGACUGGUGGAUCACAGCGUCGCCCCAGCGUCGAAUGGCGACACCGCGAUUGA